AUGUGGUUCGAAGAGCGAAGUUGGUCGAAUAUAAAAGCAUCAGAUCUCGUCGAGGAAUGGAGAGAUCUAUGGUCGUUUAAGAUCGAUUUCCUCGUGGCCGCCGUUGCAUAUGUUUGCGCCACAACGAAUCUCCUCAAUUUGCCAAAGUUGAUUCUAGAGAAUGGAGGAUUAGCCUUUGUGAGUGCCUACGGUGUCUCACUUCUCGUUUGUGUGCUGCCGAUUAUCAUUCUCGAGUUGGCCGUCGGGCAGUUGACCGGCAGAGCGCCUGUGCUCGCCUUCCACACACUAGCGCCAAUCACAAAAGGCGUUGGUGUGGCUCAAACACUGCUUUGUGUGCUCGUAUUGGCAACAAUGACUCGCUAUCUCGCUCAACUCUUGCUCUUCUUCUACUACCUCUUUUGGUCAUUGAUUGAGGGAAGACCAGAUGUUCCAUGGCUACGGUGUCGGGGUUUCCCGGAGUUUGUAAGACAUGGUGAAGCAUGUAGAGACGCUGGACAACUCGCAAAUCUGACAAUCGAUGCGCAUACAAAGAUCUCUACUCUCAAUCAAGAGAGCUCUAUGAUGCACUUUGUCAACACUUUGGACCCUUCUUCUCAAUCGAUUGCGGAUUUCGGUGACUUCAAUCUGCAUUUCCUGAUCGGUCACGGUGUUGUCUGGGUUGGCGUCUUUGUGAUGAUCUGCUUCGGUGUUCGAUUGUUGGGAAAAUUGAUCCCAUUCUCGAUCAUCGCCGCUUUCUCAGCCCUGUUAGCUCUAUGCAUCCGAGCGUUGACGAUCGACGGAUUGCCAGAGAUUCUUCAAGUCUUUUGGAAAGCGACCGAUUGGAGGAAAUUGGAGGAUUAUACGGUAUGGGCUUUAGCCGGCGAGCAAGCUAUUAUGGCUUGCGGGGUCGGCUUCGGCGCUUUUAUCACAAUGGGCAGCUACAGUAAAAGGAGCAACAACCUUGUUGCUGACUCGGUGCUCAUCGUUUUUGCUCACAUCGUUUUCUCGCUUAUGCAGGUAGCCACCGUGAUCGGUUUGGUUGGCUAUGUGUCGGUGAAGAGCGGUUUGCCGCCGAGUGAACUCAUGGUGAAGGGCGAAGAGCAGCUCUACUACCUCUUGGCCUACUUCUCGCACCUCCCACAAACCGUUCUCUGGUCUGGCAUUCUUCUCUUCUCCUCAAUCUUCAUUCUCUACAACAUUUUCGCUCUCCUUUCUCUAUCUAUUCUCUCAACAUUGGAGGAUGCGCUCGGGGAAAAAGCCUCAAAAUGUUUUCCGCGUUUUCUUUUGGCGUUUUUCGUGUGCAGCCUCGUGAUGGCGUGUAGUCUCUAUUUCACGACACAGGCGGGUCGUCACGCGUACGAAUUAGCCGUUGGAUCGCUGCGCUACGUCACACUGUGGUCGAUUCUCGCAGCCGAGCUUUUGGCGGUGGCCUGGAUUUACUGUGGCCACCGUUUGGGAAAUGAUCUCCACUUCAUGUUAUCUCCGUCUUGUUGCUGGUGUCUCGGCCAUUUCCUUCUUUUCUUCACCUACUUGCUGCCAAUUGUUCCCAUUGGUAUCGCUUUCGUGAACGUGAGCGGUUACGAUUUCUCGCGUUAUUCGCCGGCCAUCCACGCUUGGCCAUGGAGUGAAUGGGUGGGAGCGGCUCUCGCGUUGAUCCCCGUUGUGCCGAUUCCUCUCUACGCGAUUCUCACCUUUUUCAUCGCUUGCUGUUGUGCGAAUAAACACGAGAGUAAGAAAGCGAGAGUAGCCGAAGUUGUUCGUCACCGUGUUCGCCGUUUCUCAUCUGAACGUUCAGCGUUGGGCGGGCGAGAUACAGUUGGAGGUCUUCACGCCCCACCUCGUUACUCAUCAGCCGCUCCCGGAUAUCUUCUCCUCCCACAGGCGCCCCUUGCCGAACCGGAGCCCUUCAAUGAGGGACGC